GAAUGCCAGUGGAGACGGCUUUGCCGUACACUUCGCCCCAGGCCAACACUGUGUCAAUCACUAAAACAACACAAGGAUCACCUGAAAACUAAAACUGGAAGGAAAGCAAGCUGAAGCGAUGUACGAGUGCUGCCCCGUGUGUCUGGGCAGGCUUCGUCGCCAGGUGAAGACGCCGUGCAAGCACACAUUCUGCAAGAACUGUCUCUGCAAGGUCUACAAUCAGAGCCCCGCCAAAGCUUGUCCCCUCUGCCGGGCCCCCUUGGAGUACUACAUCAGCAAGAGAAACAGCACAGUGAAACUUGUCUUCUUUUCUUAGAGUCCAUCGUUAAAUUUAAAUGUGUUCCAAAGUUAAAUGGUUUCUGAUGUUCUGUUGCGUGUUUAAAUUAUUUCAUUUUGUUUAAUUUUAUACAUAUUCAAAUCAAAAGUAACAUAUUGGAAGCCAGCAUUUAAUAAUUCAAUAGCUUAAAGUGCAGUGCUAUUAACUCCCAAGUUACCCAAAAACAGGGGAAUUCCGAUCAAAUUGCUUGACUGCGAGCUUCAGGGUCCUAUUCAGCCAAGUACAACAAUCGAUUGGAGACUAGUCCUCGUCCUCGUCCUCGUCCUUUUCCAUUUUUUUGCUUUUCUCGCUCAAA